CAAGGAGACGCAGUCGUAGCCGUAGACAGAGUUAAAAAUACAAAGAAAAGGUAAAAAGGUAAAAUCGGUCGGUCGGCGAGGAAGCGUGUGGCAAUGAAGUGCUUCUAAGCAAAAACGACUUUUGAUUGAUCUCCCAUUCCUUUCGGAUGCUCUGGAAGUGCCACAUGGCUGCUAACCUGCGCACAUUAAAAGUCCCAUUAAACAGUGUGCUGUGUACGCCAAAGGUCGGUAAUGUUAGGUCUCACACCGGUCUUCUGACCCUGAACAGUGCACCUCCGGCAUGCAAUUUCUACGCAACUCUAACAUCCACUGGAAGCUGCACAAUAAACUGUCUGGCACGACAGAGGUACAGGUCGUUCUGUCCUGCGGUGCAUACUCGAGCUACGUCCAGUGUCUGCCUCCCAGAGUUUCGUCAGCAGACAGAAACCACCACACACUGCGCAGCCAGCAGUAGACAUGGAGUAUUUCAGCCCGAACUCCUAGAAUCCUUCUGUCCUCUUGAUAUACCUGAACCUCGUGCCACCGAGCAUGCACCUUUUUCUUUUCUGGAUUAUGAGGGAUCAAUUUCAGACGGUGCGAGGGAUGCAUCAAGCACCGUACCAACUACAGUACUAUCGGGAUAUCUCGGGGCCCAGCCAUAUCAGGUGUACUGCUUCAAUGCUGGCUAUAAUGACACCAAAGGAACAGCGCUGUCAAAUUAUGAAAAGGAGGUGAUGCGAUUCGCAGACGACACUGCUCGUCAGCAAGCAACCAGCGGAAGCCCACACCCAGGCAGACCUUCUGAGGAGCAGCUACAAAAAACAUUCAGCGUACUUGCUGAUUGUCUACCCAAGUUUUUUGUGCAGCCACAUGCUUAUCACUUGUACCACAAAGAUGUGAUUUUUCAAAACAACAUCAGAGGUGUCACUACAUAUGGUCUUACUUCCUAUGUGCAGCAGCUGGCACUGGUGAGGGUUCUCGGUCAUCUUCGUUACGCAAAUGUGAAACUCGAAGUGCUCAAGAUGACACUGCACAAGGAGGAUGGCACAAUACGUAUCCGAUGGCGCAUCACAGGAGUCUCGGGCCUACGGGUGUUGCUCAUGUUCUGGAAAUUUAAGAUUUGGCAGUGGAAGAAAAUGAUGAAUCAAGAGGCUGAGUGGACGGACGGUUUUUCCAUAAUGUAUCUUGGAGCUGAUGGGCUCAUCUACAAACACGAGUGUGAUAAGAUCAUGCCGGAUGAGGAACCCAAGGAGUUGAAGACUGGUAAUGUUGCGCUCAAGUUGGCACUCAUGCUCGGUCUGACACCUCAAGCUUCCGGAUUCGGCGGUGCCGGGAGUCUAGGCACAAUCAGCCUUGCGUCCGAUACCUCAGAGGAAAGCGGAUUGGCUUAGUUCAACAACGUUUGUGACACCUAGUCAUGCCUGUGCUGUCCAUCACCUGACCCUUGAAGAAAAAGCAUUGAGAUGGGAUGGUCUGAUGUGAAUGGCUGUACAUAGAUAGGACUUUUUCAACACCUUAUGUACAUAGUUGAUGGUAAAGUGAAUAUGUCUAGGAACGCUAGGUUACAUUGAUUGUGUUUCGUGCUGCUGCCUCCCUUCUCCUGAAGAUAAAUUUUUCUCCGAUUUUUAUUACUUCGUAUUACACAGCACCACUGGCUAGCGUAUUGGUGAAAUUGCCUAAACUAGUCCAGGCAUCCUGCGUAACAACUAGUGUAUCAAAUUAUGCAUGGUUGAGGCUGGCCAACACACUUUAAAUUUUGACAUUCUAAAGCUUGUGCACGAGCUACGAUUGUAAGAGCUACCAUAGGUGUUGCAUAUGAGACAGCACAAUUAGUGGUACUAGUUCUUUUUUUUUCUUAAAGCACACAAAGCUUAGUCACAAAUGUAAGCAUUACUGCUCUCGCUGAGGUGCAACUCAAUGUAUGGAGAUGUACUUAUGCUGACCUCAGCAACCUGCAAUGGCCAGACUUGCAUAGCAUAGUAUAUAGAUGAGUCUGCAGAGUUUCGUUGUUGCGAUAAAGGUAUUCACAUGUGCUA